AUGUCACCAACUAGAAUCGCAGAGGAUAUGCCAGGAGAAUCGCAGAGGAUAUGCCAGGAGAAUCGCAAGAACAUCGCAAAUAUUGAUGGAAUAGCUGACGUAGCUUAUAAGACUCACUUACUGGUACAAUUAGACAUUGCCAUUACUCAAAACAAGAUAGCAAAGGAGAUGGCUGAUCUUGUAAUUGCAGAAGUUGAAGGUGGUGAUGAUUAUUCAUGGAA